UUCCCGCGCGAGGCUGAGUGGUUGGUUGCGCGCGCAGCUGGGCCCCGGUUACGAGCGGGUCGCGGGCGUUGAAAAUAGCUGACAAUUCUGCUUGUGAUUAUCUAGUGGUUUCAGUUGGAGACUGUUGGAAUGAUGGCAGCUGAUUCAAAGGGAAAGAGAAGGGGUUCAAGACAACCAAAAUGUGCUUUCUGUAAACUGAAUAAAGAGGAACAUUGUGGCCAGUUAUUAGUUGCUCAAAGCCAGAAGAUGGCAGCACAUCACAGAUGUAUGUUAUUUUCAUCUGCACUGGUGACUACACAUUCUGAGAAUGAGACUCUUGGAGGCUUCUUGCUUGAUGAUAUCAAGAAGGAAAUAAAAAGAGGCAAUAAACUGAGCUGCUCUUGUUGUCACCGCCCAGGAGCAACAAUUGGAUGUGACGUAAAAACUUGUCGUCGAACAUACCAUUACUAUUGUGCAAAACUUGACAAAGCUCAAAUAAAGGAAGAUCCGUCUCAGGGAAUAUAUUUGAUUCUCUGUCAAAAGCACAAAGAAGGUGCAGAGGAUUCCAGUGAGGAUGGUCUCCCAGGAAACCUGACAGUGUGUCCUACAAGUCAUCGUAGAGGUGUUCGGGGAGGACAAAGAGGAAGGCGAAGAGUUCCUAACUGGAAAGAUGAGUCAGAUGAUGCCAUGUCUACAUCAUCCCAAGGAAAAGAUGAAACUAGUUGCAGUUCCUAUAGGGAACGAUCUCCUCACUGCAGCAGUCCCACAGUUACAGGGCCAAAGUGUGGAUUCUGCCAUGCUGGAGAUGAGGAAAACGAGACCAGAGGAAAGCUGCACACUUCAAAUGCUAAAAAGGUUGCUGCACAUUACAAAUGCAUGCUGUUUUCUUCUGGUACUGUUCAGCUUACAACUUCAUCUAGGAAAGAUUUUGGUGACUUUGAUAUCAAAACAGUCAUUCAAGAGAUCAAGAGGGGCAAAAGGAUGAAAUGUACACUAUGCAGUCAAAUCGGCGCAACUAUUGGCUGUGAAAUCAAAGCUUGCAUCAAAACUUAUCAUUACCACUGUGCAGUUGAAGAUCGAGCCAAAUUCAUUGAGAAUCUUGACAGAGGGAUCUACAGGCUUUACUGUAAAAAUCACAGUGGAAAUGAUGAACGAGAUGAGGAGGAUGAAGAAAGAGAAAGUGUCUCACGUUGUGCAAGGGAGCAAGAAGCUGAUCAUCGAGAGAAAAACUGAAAAAGGAGCCUUGGAUACAGAAAAGUGCCAAGAAAAUGCCUGUGAACUGAGUGGAAGUGGCUGGUAUAUUGUGCUUAAACUGCUCAUGGGCUUGUGAGGACCUUAAAAAAAAUCCAAAGAUCGUUUAAGAACAUAUUUUAUUCUGGCAAUACUCCUCAUUCUGAGGGGAAAUAUAGUGAAAUCGCCUAGCUAAUAUACCUGCUUUUUUUCUGGAAUGUUCCAGAAGUGGAUUAUUAGACUAUUUCUAUUACAUCCUUCUGAAUUUGUUUUAGUGAAAUGAACUAUAUGGGACAUGUUGCCUUGCCUGUACUCAGCAUAAUGAAGACUCUAAGAGGGAACAUGUAUAUGUGUUUUUGAUACUUCUGGAGUUUGAGUUUGAAAUGAAAAUCUCCAGCCCAGGACUGGAAUCAAACAUUUGCAGCACCAAUAUCUGAUUUAGCACUCAGUGGUUUUCAAGUUUGUAGUUCUAAACAAUAAGCAUUUACAGCUUUUGAUGCAGCUGCUAACAGUCAUCUGUUUAGUGAAAUGGUCCAAAUGUUAGUACUGUCAAAACUAGGUAUCAGGCUGUGGAUCCAGCCGCUUCUUUACACAGCUGUGAAUUGAAAGCAUCUCCUAAAGUUGGAUUGGUAAAACUCAAGUGUUUGUGGACCUAGUUCUCGUGCCAUCUGGCAAUAACUGAUUUUAAAAAAAACAGAGGAGACAAAGAAUAGACAAGACAGUUUCCAAGUUUUGAUAUCUCCACUUUAGAAGCACGAAAUUUAUCCAGUUUUUAUUGGGCAGAGUAUAAUAAACCUUCAGAAAUUAUUGACUAUAUUUGCUAUCUGAUCAUCCGCAGAAGUCUAAUUAGUCAUUACAACUGGCCUAAUCUCAGCGAAUGGCAUUGAUGAAAUCAUGUUUUAGAUUAGAUGUUGAAAUCAGUGUUGUAUUUUGCUGCAAAUUUGAAGAUGAUUUUGACUAUUAAACAGCAUUUGUUAGGUGUAUGAAUUCCAUGUUGGGUUUCUUUCUGUAUUUGUGAUUUUCCUUAAAAUUGAGUUGUAUAAACUGUAAAAGUUAAGACUUCAAAUUAAAAACAAUGUUAGACAAUUAGUUUACUUCUAAUUAGAAAGCAGUGCUAGUUCUGCCUUUUUUUUUUAACCAAUACAUCACCUAUAUUGAUGUUAGAAGUGGAAGCGAGACAAUUUGAGGAUAGGUUAGUAUCGGUGGUGGAUACACUGCACCAGACUCUGUUUCAGUCUUUUUAUAGUAGGUGGUUAGGUGUUAAACAAAAUAAUAUUUUUAAAAUAUUAUAUAUAUUAUAUCUGUCCUCAGUGUUUAAAGGUAUCUGAUUUCUGAUGUCCCUCAUUUUCAAGUGUUCUAUAUGUUCAGAUGAAUGUUUUACAUGUUAAUUUUACCAGCAACUAUAAUUUUUGACCAUAUGUUGUUGGUCAAAAUUAAUUGUGCUUCUGGUAAAUGCUUUAAUUUUCCUUAGUUGCUUGCGCUAAUAUUAGCAAACACUUAGCUGUGAUUUUAGUUUUCUUUUAAGCUUUCACUUUAGAAGCUUAUAAAAUAUUCCAUGGUUUUCUUUGCCAAAACAGUUGGAGGCUAUUACUUUUUGACAAGCACACAAUGGCUGGGAUAAGCUUGGUAUAAUUUUAAAUGCUGCAAUGGCAGCAAUAUACUAAGUUCAAACUUCUAGUGCAUAUUUUACAAAGACAAAUGAUUGUAAUAGUACUGUAUUGGAAGCUUCCCUCUGCAUCAUACAGGGGUGGUGGUAUUGGUGACAAAACUCCACAUUGCCUGCACUUUCAUUGCAUAUUCAUUUCAUGGAACAGAGCAGACUAAAAUAGGGAUCUUUGGACUCUGAGCAAAUCAAUUCUUAGCCAUCUCUUUACUUUCUGUAUUUUUACCCCAAUUGGUACUAUGGGCCAACUUGGUCAGUGGUCCUGUGUAAUAGGCAACUCCAGAAAUGACUGUGGUUUGACCAUGAUAAUAUUUCCUUUGGAUCAGCUGAAGAACAACACUUUGGUCUUGCAGUAAAUAUGGCUGUUCCUUCUCACAUCUCACUCACUCUAAUCCCUGAAGGGUCAUCUCAGAAUCAGGUUUAUUAUCAUUGACUUAGAUGAUAUGGAAUCUAUGUUGCAGCAGUAGAACAAUAUUUAAACUCAGCAUUGAGCAACCAUAUUUAUAAAGACAUAAAAUUACCUUAAGUAAUGCAAAAAAGGAAGGAAUGAUGAGUUGGCAUGCAUGGACCAUUCAGAAAUCUGAUGGAGGGGAGAAGCUGUUAACAUGGAAUAUAGAACAGUACAGUACAGCACAGGAAAAGGCCCUUCAACCCAUGCUGUAAUGCUGAACCAAUUAAAUUAUAAUUAAACGGCCAACUAAAUUUCUUCUCUUUGCACAAUGUCCAUAACCUUGUGUUUCCUUCACAUUCAUGUGUCUAUUUAAAUGUCUCUUCAAAGUCCCAAAUGUACUUGCCUCUACCACCACCCCAGGCAGCACAUUCCAGACAUCCACCACUCUGUGUAUUUAAAAAAGACAACUUGCCCCUCGCAUCUUUGAAAAUACUCCUCCUCACCUUAAAUGUGUGCCCUCUGGUAUUAGAUACUUUAACUCUUGGAAAAAGAUAGUCUUAUCUACUGUAUCAAUGCCUCUCGUAAUGUUAAAAGACCUCUACUAUAUAGCCCCUGAGCCUCCACUGCUUCAGAGUAAACAGCCUAAGUUGGUCCAACCUUGUAAUCCAGACAACAUCCUGAUAAAUCUCUUCUGUAUCCUCUCCAAAGCUCUGAUAUCCCUUUGAGAAUAGAGUGACUAGAAUGGUAUGGAAUACUCCAGAUGUGGCCCAACUAGAGUUUUAUAAAGCUACAACAUUAUUUCCAGACUUAAGAACUCAAUUCCUCAACUGAUGAAAGCAAACACUGAGGGUUUUGCAUUUAACAGUGUAAUGUCUCUUUACAUUUGACCUACCAAAGUGCAACACUUCACAUUUGGCUGGGUUAAACUAAAUCUGUCUGUAUCCACAACUCCAGUAAUCUUCAUAUCAUCUGCAAAUUUACUAACCCACCUAUCUACAUUUUCAUGCAGGUUAUUUAUAUACAUCACAAACAGCAGAGGUGUCAGUACAGAUCCAUGCAGAACACCACUAAUCACAGGCAUCCAGCUAGAAUAAGUCCCUCUGACCACUGCCCUGUUUUCAAUGGGCAAGCUUAUUCUGAAUUCAAUUGGCCAAUUCACCAUGGAUCCCAUGCAUCUUAAUCUUCUGGAUGAGCCUCCCAUGAGGGACCUUGGUAGCACCUUACUGAAAUCCAUCUAAACAAUAUCCACAGUUCUGUCUUUGCUAGCUUGUCAAAAAAUCAAUAAAGUUAGUAAGACAUGACUUGCCCCACAUAUGGUUUUCCAAAUGAUAGUGAAUUAAAUUGAACAGUAGAUGUUUAGACUGUCUCUUGUUGGAAUUGAUCAUUGCCUAACCAUUCAGUGAUGUGCUUGAGUGCUGCCUGUAUAUGUCAACUGCUUUGUUGAGGAGUUGCAGCUGCAACUGAAUAUUCUGUAAUCAUGAGGAAACAUUUCCACUUCCAACCUGAUAAUGGAAGGAAAGUGAUUUUUAAAGCAGCUAAAGACGGUUGGGCUUGGAUGCUCUUCUAAGAAACUACUGCAGAGAUGUCCUAAAGCUAGAAUCAUUUUGGUUUGACCUCAGCUAUUGGAAUGUUUCCUGGGGCUUCCUUAAUGCCACUGAUAGAUCUGCCCUGAUAUUGAGGCAAGCAUCCCCAUUUCACCGAAGAAAUUCAACUUUUGCUCUUUGUGGCAGGUUUGAUGAGUGAUGUUGGAUACUGAAAUGUACAAUCCAUUUGUAUCCUUCCUAAUUUUAAUGUUGCUUUAUUGAACAUGGAGGAGUGCUGAGGGAGGAUAGUGGUUAGAAUCAUAACCCAUAUUUUCUGUCCUUGUUCUUUUAAUAUCUAACCCAUUCUAAGUUGUACUCUCUGGCCCCUAAUCACACUGUCCGUACCCAGUUCCAUUUCACUCUCUGAUUUCUCCCCAUACUAUUUAAAUUACUAUUUAAAACAAUGAACUCACUAUCUUCAUUCUCUGAAAUAUUCCACUCUUUAAAGAAAGCACCUUACUCAUUUUCACAAAAGUUAUUAACAGAUUAUUGCAUUGAAGCAGAUCUAUUUUCAACCUACAAUUAUUUUUUUUUUAAUUUAUUUGAUUAUUUUAAUUGUUUUUAAAUGUUCUGCUGAUGUUGGGAAACAAUCUAUUGCUCUUUGCCCUGUUAAAAGCCUUUUGUAAUCUUGGGCUAUUAAACUGGAGAACUUGGAUCAGUUAAUGAGUCAAUCUAAACCCCUUUGCAGCCAGUCUGGCCAUUGCCCUGUCAAACUUCAUGUUACUUGUCAAUUCAGCCCAACACUGCUGUCCUUAAAAUUUGUCACUUAAUACCUCAUCUAUUUGCCAUUUUCUUGGCCUGUUUUUUUUAUAAACAGAGACCAAUCUGCUUCUCAGUCUUACUAUUUAAAGUGUAAUUAUUUUCCCUAUUUAAUUUAACUGGACGUCUAUUCAAUCAUCAUCCGUAUAGUCCUAGAGUCGUAGAGAAGUACAGCACGAGACAGGCCCUUCGACCCAUCUAAUCGAUGCUGAAACCAUUUAAACUGCCUACUCCCAUCAUACUCCCUACCAUCCAUGUACCUGUCCAGACUUCUCUUAAAUGUUGAAAUUGAGCUUGCGUACACCAUUUGUGCUGGCUGCUCAUUCUACAAUCUCACGACCCUCUGAGUAAAGAGGUUUCCCAUCAUGUUCUCCUUAAACUUUUCAUCUUUCACCCUUAACCCAUGACCUCUGGUCCCACCCAAUAAAGAAUUCCAACAAAUCCUCUUGCAUCCUCUCGUCAAAAUAUUGCCUUUUCCAUCACCACUCCCUGAUUUUUGUCAUCUUCAACUCUGUUCUAGCAAUAUUAGAUCAUGUAGCAAUACAGCUCAGGAACAGGCCCUUCGGCUCACAAUGUUAUGCCAAACUAAUUCAGCUCGUAUCUCAACCCCCUUUGUCUGUGCUUUAUCUCUGUUCAUUCUCCCGUAUUCAUAAUGAAUCGUGGAAUAUAUUAUUUCAUGAUUCAACACAGCCUUAUGAAGCAACACGUCCAUAAUCCUCUCAAUGAGAGUAAUCUGCCUUUUUGUUGAUCUCUGCAUGGUUUAUUCUCCUUAACUUUGUGUGGCACUGUUUUAGCUUUGCUUUUUAUGUAAGAGGUUUGGGCCAUCUAUGAGCAAUUUGCAUUUGUUAGAUUUCUUCUGUCAUAACGUGUUAGUGUUUAAUUUUCAGCCAUUGUUGGAAGCUCCCCUAUUUUGUCUAAGAGUUGAUGAACUUGCCUCUCGCAAGAGGUUGUCUUGUAUUUUGCUGGUCCCUCUGACAGAAGGUCCCUUUGCCCCUUCUAAUGGACAGGAUUGACUUUCCAGUAGCUGUGGUGGAAAUCACAAUCUCUUUAUUGUAUGUUCCAGUAUUACCGAUGAGUGACACAUUGAGACACAAAAGAAUUAAAGAAUAUAUCCAGAUGCUUGAGAUGCUGUCUGGUGAAAUAUUCCAACCACAGCAUUUGAUAUUUGAAGUGAUGGGAUGAUGUAAUCAGUUUGAAAAUGAAAAUGCAUUGAACUUUGAAAUUCCAUGCAGAGUAAUUGCAGCAGUCACAUUGUCUCACUGUAGUUUGAAAGCUAUGAUUUAUUCUUUUUCCACCGAGCAGUGUACUCCCAAAUCAUCACUGUCAAUCAUCUGCUAAUGAAAAUUGUUUCCUCCUCUUUACCCUUGCUAAGAUAUGGUUUGAAACAGUACCCACACAAUCCUGCAAAUAAGUGGAGGAAAUAUGUAUUUUCUCUUCCUGUAAGAUUGGUAUUCCUGGAAACUUUCCUAUUGCAUAUCUGGUAAUAAUCUUCAGUAAUGGCAAAACUGACACCACAGCACUACACCACCUUAAUUCAAUGAUUAAUAUCAACUGGAGAAUAACUAGCUGCAUUUUGCACCCUGCAGAAUGGUUUACCACAGUUCAUUUUGAUCUUUGUAAAGCUGGAAGUUGACUUACUUGCCAAAAGCUAAUAUCAGAAUUUACACUGGCUAUUUAGACGUUGCACUUCAACGGAGGUUUACAUUCAAUAGACAUCUAAGUGCCUUAAACAUGAAAUAGGAAGACUGUGUUCACGUGGGGUGAAUUUGGGCUACAAAUGAAUCAUUCCACAUGGGUGUAGUGAAGUUUCUGGUUAUCUGAGUUUCCAUAUGAUCCUUUCCAACCCAGACAAGGGAGAAAUUUUUUCCUGUUGACUUUAGUACACCUUCCAUGAGCUGAAACCAUUUCAGUAGAUACCAUUAUUCUUCAAAUGCAACCUGAAUGGGAAUUUAAUCAUUAUUUUCUCUGCUUUCACAAUGCUUGCGGCAGCUUCUGAUAUCUUGCCUUGAAAAGAAUAGAUUUACAUAGUUUAUCUUGUUCUGUAGAGAUUUUGACACCUCUGCUUCAAAGAGACAUCAGUAAUCCAGAGCUCUAAUAUAACUCCAAAAAAUGCAGUUCACAUCUCAAGGAAUAUUUGAGCAGUUGGAAUGGCAUGCAAAUUUAAUUGGUUCACUCAUGAUCAAUAGGGAAAGGCACUCCUUGGUUGGUCUAUAGCCCCAGAUUAUAGACUUUGACUUUUGUUUUUCUGCCUUCUGAAAUGGCUAAGUAAGUUACUAGGUUGCAUUAAAAUACCAGAAAGAAAACUGCAGUGGUUCAGAAUCAGGCCCGUGCUUUCCUGGCAGUUGGGAUGGGCAGUAAAUACUGGCCUUGACAACAGCACCCAUACUCAGUGAAAGUUGACAAGAGAUGGCUUCAAGAUUUGGAAAGUCGACUGACGAUGAUGUGUUUGUAAGGUACAUUAUAUCCAUUCAUGUUUUGAUAUUAAACAUGCAAGUGGCCUUACCACAACCGUGUACAGUUAAUCAUUUAAAAACUGCUCAUUGAUUAGAAAAUUGUUAAUAAAGUUUUGGUCUAAAUCUUAAGAGUUGGUGUGUAUGGCCUGGUUACACUUGAACCAAUAUUUGAAGCCACUAAUUUUCUCAUGGUGAAUUAUCUAUGGAGUGUUUGGAAACUUUCACCUUUGUUCCCGAGACUAUACUGUGUAGCAUCUGUAUUAGCUGUAGGUCACUCAGAGUUGGAAAAGCUUAAUUAAAAUCUCCAGCAUUUUUACUGUUAAGUAAUUGUUUAAUAGUGAUUCUGUUUGCAUGCAAUGAUGGAAUGCUGAAUCAAAUUAGGACUGAAACUGUAAAAUAUUUACUGGUGUCAGAUAUUGAAGCUUUGAAACCUUGUUGAGAUAAAAUUGCCUUUGACAUUCGAUAAAAUGCACCAAAAAUGUUACAUUCCCACUUUUAUGUAUUUAGUAUUCUCAGUUGAAGUAUCAUCAUGUAACUUUUUUUGCCCACAACACUUGUCAAUGAAUGUUUUUAAUAAAAGUGUUUCU